AUGAAAUUGAAACAAACUUCAUCAUCAAAAACAUCAACCACAGUCAAACUAGUUCCAUCCACAGCAAUAAACCCUUUCGGCACAAUGUACUUCGGCACAAUGUACUUCAGCAACUCCUUCUCAACCCUAACUUUCACCCAUAACGUGACCCUGCACGAAAUGUCCGCCCAUUCGAGUAACCGGAGUCACCGCCCUGUCGAGAUUCACUUGCAAUCCUGCUUCCAAUUCGGAGAGAGAAGUUUUCGCAGCGUCUCCGGGGCUAAACCAACGGUGAAAUCGGAAGUUUCUGUGUCGAAUUCUGUCACGGUGAGACAUGUGCCUUUGACGGCGAUGCUGUCGCCGAGAUUGACGCCGUCGAGGACUGUCGUUGCGUUGACCUUUAAGUCGAAACCGCCGUCAGGGGAUGCUCCGAUUUGCUUGACGGUGCCUAUUUCUUCGACGAGGCCGGUGAAGAGGCAUUGGACUGAGGCAGCGUUGGUGCGGAGGUUAAUUGGUUUGCGUGUGGAGUGA